UAGACCCAAAUAUCUGUCUACCAUUGAGUAUUUGUGGCUUCUGUUUUCAUAUAGUGUCUAGCAAAACCAACCACAAAAGAGGCAAGUUCGUUGAGCAUGGGGAAUUUUGAAGGCAAGAAACAAGGAAAGAAAAUUUCAUAAAAAAUAGGUUUUCUCAGUUGUAGCAAAGAGAGGCUCUUCUUCAUACGUUUUGUUUCAGCAACCCAAAACAACACAAAAAAAAAAAAAAAAAUCCUUCUCUUCUCUCUCGGACUCAGAUAAAACCCUCUAUCCCUCACUAUUUCCCUUCACGGCGGCGACCGAAGCGUGUGCUUUCUUCUCUCUCCAUUCCCUCUCUGUUUUUCGCUCAAAUCGCUCAUAAGACCGAAAAGACUCUUUGUCCCUCUCGGACUUCAAUUCCCAUCAAAAGCGAUUCCAUACACUCUCCUUCCGUCCCCCAAACUCUUCGUGUUCUCUUUCUCGCAUUUGGAUUCCUUCAAACGACCACUUAGCAUUGGAAUACAGCCGGCGGUUGAUCGAACGGUUAGGGUUUCUCAGGUUGGAUCAUGUGGUUGGGAUUGCCGGCGCAGAAACGACCUGGCCUCGUGUUUUCCGUCAAUCUUUAAGACGCAAGGGAGCUGGUGGAUUCAUUUUUCAUCUGUGAGUGCAUUAGCAGGACUGAAGCGUUCAAACUUUUUUUUUUCGUUUUUCAAUUGAUUGACUGAAGCAGUGUUUAGUUAUAUUGGGUUCGUAUGUGAAGGAAGAGCUAUAGUUUGAGAAACUAAAGACUAGGGUUAGACUCGAUUAGUUCUGUACAGAUAACAAUUUUACUGAUAAACAUUGGAUGGAGUCAAGAGGAUAAACGGCAAGGGUUAAGCACAUUGGAACAUAUAUUGCUACUUUUGUCUCUGAUCAUGUUUAAUACCCGUAAUGGCAAAAGGUGAACCCACAUUAGUUCCAGAAUGGUUGAAAGGUACAGGAAGCAUAACUGGGGGUGGCAAUACAACCCACCAUUUUGCAUCAUCUUCCACACACUCAGAUGAUCAUGCUGUUGCACUUACCACAAGAAACAGAUUGACUAUGAGCACUGGUGAUUAUGAUACACCUCGAUCUUCUGCCUUUUUGGAUAGGACCUCUUCAGCUUACUUCCGUAGGAGUUCAAGCAGUAAUGGUUCUAUGAUGCAUGAUAAGGAGACAUCCACCUAUUCGCGGUCUUACAGUAGUUUUACUAGGAGUCACCGUGAUAGGGACUGGGAAAAGGAUACCCUUGACUAUCGUGAUAAAGAGAAGUCUAUACUGGGGGAUCACAGGGAUCGUGAUUAUUCUGAUCCUUUGGCAAGCAUUCUGACAAGUAGGRUUGAGAAGGAUACAUUAAGGCGUUCACAGUCAAUGAUAUCGGGCAAACGAGGUGAGGGAUGGUCGAGAAGAGUAGCAGCUGAUACAAACAAUGGCAACAACAAUCACAACAAUGGCAAUGGCUUGCUUGUUGGAGGAAGCAUUGUUAGCAGCAUCCAAAAAGCUGCAUUUGAAAGGGACUUCCCCUCACUUGGAGCAGAAGAGAAACAAGGAGCACUGGAUAUAGGAAGAGUAUCAUCACCUGGCCUGAGCUCAUCAGUUCAGAGCUUGCCAAUAGGUAGUUCAGCUGUUAUUGGGGGCGAUGGCUGGACUUCAGCAUUGGCAGAGGUGCCUGUGAUAAUUGGGAACAAUAGCAUUGGUCCAUCAUCUGUUCAACAAGCUACUCCAGCUAGUUCAACCUCUGGGGCACCAAACUCAUCUACUGGUCUUAAUAUGGCUGAAACAUUGGCUCAAGCUCCUUCACGGACUCGCAUAUCUCCCCAGUUAUCGGUUGAAACUCAAAGGCUUGAGGAAUUGGCUAUCAAACAAUCUAGGCAGUUAAUACCAAUGACACCUUCGAUGCCUAAAACUUCGGCUCUGAAUUCUUCUGAAAAAGCCAAACCUAAGGCAGUGGUCAGAACUGGGGAGAUGGGUAUUUCUGCUAAGACUUCUCAACAGCAGCAACUUCCAUCAUCUCACCUUGUCAACCACUCUUUACGUGGCGGACCUGUGAGAUCUGAUGUUCCUAAGACAUCUCAUGGUGGGAAACUUCUUGUCCUGAAAGCUCCAAGGGAGAAGAAUGGUAUCUCGCCUUCUGCCAAGGAUGGAUUGAGUCCAACAAACGCUAGCAAAGUGGUGAAUAACUCACUCGUCCUUGCUCCAUUAGCUGCAUAUGCUCCUCCUAUGAGGAGCCCAAACAACUCAAAGCUUCCCAAUGAGCGCAAGUCUGUUGCUUCAUCUCUUACCCAUGGAUCUGCUGUGGAGAAGAGACCCACCACAUCUCAAGUCCAAAGUCGUAAUGAUUUCUUCAAUCUCAUGAGGAAGAAAACUUCAGGAAACCUUGCUUCAGCUGUCCCAGAUCCCAGCCCUACUGCAUCAUCAUCUCUCUUAGAGAAGUCAAGUGAACCUACAGAAGUGGUUCCUACUGCUCCAGUUAGCCCUCAGAGUAGUGAUGCCCCUUCAUCAGAACCCUCUGGCCUGGACUGGUCAACUGAGAAUGGGGGUGAUCUUGUCAGCAAUGGUGAUGUCUCCGAGGAGUCCCAAAGAUUUUCUAACAAUGGAGAGAAACGCUCAACAGCUGAUGCAUUUGUUUAUCCAGAUGAGGAAGAGGCUGCAUUCCUUCGUUCACUUGGGUGGGAUGAAAAUGCAGGGGAGGAGGAAGGUCUUACAGAAGAGGAGAUUAGUGCUUUCUACAGAGAGUAUAUGAAAGUGAGGCCAUCCUCCAGACUGUGCCAAGGUGCUCAGCAGCAAACAAAGGUCCCUUUGCCACUUGAGUCACAUGUGGGCAGUUUUAGUGGUGCUGCUUCUGGAUUGAGCUCGUCUGACUCCGAAUCUGAAGCUUAAAUUACCAGUCUUUUUGUACUCUGGAAAAAGGGUACUUCUAUUUCCUUUUUCUUUUUCCAUUACCGUUUUUGGUUGUUGAGAUGGGAAGCCAAGAAGCUGAAUGGAUAUCAAAGAAGAGAUAGAAGGUUGUGGGUAGGAGUUCUCUACCCUUGUUAUUUUCCCAAAGUGAAAGUGCAAUAAGUUACGGGUGCUUCAGUUUUACAGGAAAGACUCAUCUGACAUGCUGUGCCUGCCGUAACUAAAGGUUCUAUGAAGUUUUCAUGGGGAACCGGUGGCUAAAAGGUUAUUUUGGUCUGCAAUGUACGAAGGAAUUGCACAGUUUGGGAAAUCUUUUUUUUUUCCUUUUUUGUUUUUCUGAGGGUCCAAUUCAAGGUAAAAAGCUUUAUGUGUUUCGCUCAAUUUGAUGAAAAAGAAGCAAAAGUUCUUUUAGUUAAGGUUGGCUCUUGGGAAACAUCUAAUUUCUCACAAAUAACAAGGCAAUAGAAAGAAAUGGCUUUUAUUUC